AUGGCUAGGCAAAAGCCCUCCAAUUCAAAGCAUGUCCUUUACACUACCCAGUCUAGGCCGAAAAAAAAGCAAGGUCCUGCUUCGUCGCCUGUUGGAAAUGGAAGCCCGGAGCAGUCCGCCAGCAGUAGUUCAGUUACUGCUUCAAGACGCCCAGAAAACAACUCGCCUGUGGAGGGCGCUGGAACGGUCGAACAAUCUCGUACUCCGCAACCGGCCCGGCCAGUCGCCCGGCCACUGAUACCGACCAGACCAGCCACGUCGACUCCGACAAGAUCUGAUCAGAUCUUGGCGCCAUUGGAUUUAACCCCAGUAAACCGUCAAGAAGCAAUUGCUAGUGCCAGUAGUAUAAACUCCCCAGCCGCUCUCACAUGUAUGGAGCAGAUAAAACAGUUCUUCGCCACCCAAGGGGAGUUUAAUAAACAACUGGAGCAACGACUGGAAGAGUUAAAACAUCAAACCGCGGGGAAAAGAUCUAAACAAGUUCAGCGUCCUACAAAGGAAUUAUCGGUAAGUGAACAAUAUUAGCCAUUCAUGUAAAGCUUCCUGGGCUUAAUGGCUGUCUGCCAACAUGUUUGACCUAGCGUAUGCCCUGUUCCAUCGAGCAAGCACAAAAAUAAAAAUAAAAAUCGUGUUGGAUUUAAGUCUUAUCAUCCAUGGAUUUAUUGUCGCGCCACUGGUAUCAUUCAUAGAAAAUUUGACUCCCUCCCCCUAGGGACGAAAAUUUUUGGCGGGAGUUUAUUUUUGCGGAUUGGCGGUUUUUAGUGUUUUGCGGGAACUAAUUUUUGCGAUUAGAAAACAUUGUUUUUUCCCACUGGGAAUUAAUUUUUUUGCAAAUUUUAAAAAGAACCCAGCAUUCAUAAUAUUUUCAAUUUUGUUAAAUGUUUUUGUUAUAAUAAUAAUAAUGAUAAUCAACUUUAUUAUUAUAAACAAGAAUGAAAUACCAAGUGAGUUUUUGCGCGAAAACUUGAUAUCUUCGCAUGAGAAAAUAACAUGUUAUCUUCACGUGUGAAAAUAUUACCAUUGCUAUGGCUUCAUAAUAAAUCGCACCUUUCAGACCCAAAAACCAUUUAAGGAAAAUGGUUUGGCAUUUCAUUGGUGUUUAUGUAAUAAAUAGAACAUGACAGGAAAUAAUUGUGAAAAAAGAGAGCACAGCCACUAAGAAAUAGCAAAAGCUAAUCGUGCCAAGUGGCUGGGCCAUGCGGAAAAGUAACUAGAUAUCAAAGUUGUUUAAAAAGCAUCUUGCUUGCUGACUGCUGAAUUUCAAGUUAUCGAGAAUUACAGUAAAUAUAGGAAGGAAAUCCAGGGGAAAUCAAUUUGAUUCAAGUUAGUGUGAGGUUCGAGUCAGCAAGGGCUUGAGAUGGGGGCCAAGUGUAAAACGUUCAAAGUUACUGGUACGAAGGAUUAAUAGUUCUACUUUCUAGUAUUUUGCUGCCUGAAAGUUUGGUUUCGCUUUCUGUUUCUGAUACAGUUUGCUUGCUUUAUUGGUUAUUAGCUUAUUGUUCUAUCUGUUUCCCUGACUGUUUCCUUGUUAAUUCAUCCUUUAUAAGGCUCAUGUGAGGGACAUCUAUUGUUCACUGACCAAUGAGGAUGGGGAAGAUGUUAAAUGGGAUCUUUCACAAGAGUAAGUUUAUCAUUUUUAUUUCUGUUGUUAUUUUUUUAUAUCAGGUUGCCAGGUCACUAAUUGAGAUGCUUAAGUUAUGCAGUGUUUGUUUUGAGCUUUUUAGUUGUUGGAGCUCAUAACCGGUAUUAAAAGAAAAAUACAAUGGUUUUUACCAAAAAGCAAACUUCUAUCGCUAUUUUUAAAAGAAAAGCUACCAUGUAUUGUAUACAAACUCUUAAUUUAUUAGGAGUCACAAGUCUUUCUCAUAUGCACCCCUUCAGUAUCAAAAUAAUAUGGGAUUACCUUAAUUUGGGAUCUUGCGCACAAAAAGAACCCUCUUUCCAGAAAAAUACUUUGCUUAGCCACUCAGUUCUCACACAAUUUUUGCCAUCAAAUUUAGCUUUAAUCACAGAGAUAACCAGGUUGUGCAUGCAGCUAUUGUAGAUGGAGUGCGAAGCACAGACACUUCUGCACCAGUAUCGCUCAUAAGGGGUAAGUGUAUUCCUGCACUGUAAUUUCUCAGAUUUGGCUCUGUAGAAUGUAAUAAUUACAGUAGAUCAUAUGUAUUAAUAUGGUGGAAAAUUACAGGAAUCUUUGUCCAACUUGAACCUUGAGUCUUCUGGGGUGGAUCCAGGAUUUUAGCGCAAGGGGUUCAAUGAAAAGGCAAGGCAGCCACCUUGUAGGGGGGUCUGCGGGCAUCCUCCCCCAAAAAUUUGGAAAUUUCAAGUCCUCACUGAGAAACAUGAUUUCUGCCAUUCUGAGGCGAUCGAAGUCAGCUUGUUUUAAUAUCUCAUUUUUUAAAGUGAAAAUGCCAUUCUUUUUGCAUCAAAAUAUCACUGAAAGCAGUGAAACAACUAUGCAAAUUUGCAUUUGUAAAACUAUGAUAAAAAUAUACUGCAUUAAUUUCACUAUUUUCAAUUUUGUGUUUCAUUGAACAUGGGAUCAACAAGAAGCAUUCUUCGGUAUCUUUCCACAAAAAACUGAACCACAGCAUUGUAGUCAAUGGGCAUUUCGUAAUGAAUGUUCAUCAUAGCCAAGCCUAACAGUCUUUCUGUUGUCAUGGUGGUAUCCUUUGACAAGCUUCAAAGCUGUACCUUUUCCUCCCUUGUUGUCAGCUGAAGUGACUGGUAUAGUGCAAGCAAUUCGCAGCAAACAGUUAAUGUUAAGGAAAAUGUCAGUGAAACAAAAAUGUAUUUGUUUCUUAUGGAGAAAACGUUUUAGCUUUAUUGAGCAGUAGAGGCUUAACUUGCUUAUGAAUACAUUGCAUUUAAGAUUGACUGUAUUUAUUUUAUAUUUUUACAAGUUUCCGAUGUUGGCUAUUUUAAUUUAGGGGUUUCGAACCCCCCGAACCCCCCCUAGAUCCACCACACUUCUUGGUCCUUUUAAGAAAUGAUUUUUUUACUUAUGGUGAUAGCAGUCAAUAAUUUUUAUAUCUGUUUUCCUGAAUGACAGCUGCUAUUAGGACCCACUUUAAGACCAAGAAGAGGCAGAAAAAAAUCAAACAAGGCAACAAGGAGAAACAAGUCCUGAAAGAGCAGCGAAUCAGGAGCAGAAAGAAUACAGUAAGUACAGUGAAACCUGUAUUAAGCGGACAGAAGCUAAAGUCCCAGAAUUUAUUUCCCUUAUUUGCUUUAAAUGAAACCUUUAUUAAGUGGGCACCUCUAUUAAGCGGACGCGGACACCUAAAGAGUACCUGAAAUGGACAUUUCUAUUGUUACCAACGUGUAUUAAACGGACACUUGUAAUCAGAUGCCACCACCCAACAUGGCAGACACCGAAAAUGCGAAGAUUGCCUCGUAUUGCCACCCACAAAAUGUUUCUAUUUUUACAUUAAAAAACGUGAUGUGAUGAACAUAUUUGAUUAGUUUCGCAGUACAGUACUGUUUUCUAUUUCGUUUUGUUUGUAUAGAGCUUGUUUCACUCAUCUGAUUUCUUCAAAUUUGAGUUGCAGUCUAUGUUUAUGGUAUUAUGAUCAACUGAUCCACUUUGAUAAAGAAAUUAAUGCAAACGUAUAUCAUCAAAGCCUCUGAGAGUAUUCUUAACCUUUCCACUGUUCACGUAAAUGGCAUUUGACAUCUCUAUUGAAACCUGUAUUAGACGGCCACCCUGUAUUAAGCAGACACUACAAAAUUACCCGAGGGUGUCCGCUUAAUACAGGUUUCGAUCACUGUAUACAGUGUAAAAAAGUUCCUUGUUACUCUCAAGCCAUUACAGUUAAGCCAGGUCAAGUGUAUUCCCAAGAUUGCAUUAAAAGUAAUGAAUUUACUAUUGGAAAGUGGAAUCAGUUGAUAGUUUUAGAUUUUAGUUUUAUAUGCACAUUCCAGCAUAUGUAGUGUGCAGUGAAAUUUACAGUCUAGGUAGUUUUUUUUAAAUUUCUGCCAGCUCAGUUUUGUUGAAAUUGUUGUAAAUGCCUUUUGAUGGUCUCACUCAUAAUUAAUUUUUGUUUGUUACAGAAACGACUAAAGAGACAAAAAGCACUUGUACAAUCGACAUCCAUUUCGAAUGAGGAGAAGAGAAGAUUUAAAGAUUGUAUGAAUGUAGAAUACAUGUCUUCGGAACAUUCUGUCUCUGAAGACAAUGCAGAUGAUCGAGAAAACAGCUCUGAGGAUGAGAAUGUCCCCAAGCAAAAGGUGCUCUGUAGGAGGCCUCUUCCUUGGAGGAGCCAAGAACUGAACAACUUUUUUGUAAAGCUGGACCGGAAAGCAAACCGGAAACGGUCCCAAAGAAGUGCCUCAAUGAUGAUAGAGAGGAGGGAUGGCUCCCCCUCAGAGAGAGAGGCACCAGAUGAUGCCCCUGAAUUUGCUCUGUCGUAA